UCCCGGGAAAGUGUCAUAUAGAUGGGAUUCCCCACCCACUGCCCUUUAGCCAAGGAGCUAAAGGCCCAAUACCGUAACCCACUCAGUGGAAAUGGCUAUCCUGGGUUGGUCCAGGUUCAGAUUCAGGACUGACAUAAAAUUUCAGAGAGGUCAAAGGUUUCUCACAAGAUACAUUUAUUUCCUGGUUUCUUUUCCUGGAGUGCUCACUUUUCCAGACGGUUCUGAAGGUGACAGGAUCAGACUGAAGUGCACAAGGGCUGAGAAGAAUUGAAACUAAUUGGGAAGGAGGAGAUGCUAGCCUUCUGGCUCCUGUCUCUUGUACUUCAGCUCCUAGUUUCCCAGUUUGCUUUUGCUAAGACAGGACAACAUGACAGUGGGACCAUCUGGGACUCGGGAGGGUAUGCCUUUGAUCUAAACUUUAAUGCCUCCAAGUUCCAGUGGCAGAAGGCACCCUACAAUCAUACAGAAACUAACAGGAAGGAUGAAAGAACUAAUGAAAACAGAAAAAUGAUGAUUCAACACAAAGAACAAAAUACUACCUUUAAAAGCAUUGACAGCGUUUACCAAGAUCCUGCUAUUGCUGUAACAUCACAAAGUACCAACACUUUCACUGACUCCUCAGCCACCACUCCCACUGUUCUGAGUACCAUGGAGCAUUUCACAAGGGUUAUUGGAGCCCCAAUACCUGCCAAUCUUUCCCAGGAAUCAAGAACAAUGAACUGUGUUUCUGGACCAGCAAAUGUCAAAACUUCCACUGUCUCCUCAACAACCACUUCCAGAGCGGUUACUGGAAUCCCAACAACUUCCACUCCUUCCCAAGAAGCAAAAACAAUGACCCCUUGCUCUCCUGAAACAUCAGAAAGUACCACAUCAUCCCCCCACUCCUCAAUCACCACUCCCACUGUUCGGAGUACCAUGGAGACUUCUACAGGGGUUACUGGAUCCCCACCAACUGCCACCCCUUCCCAAAAAGCAUCAACUACAACCACUUCUCCUGCAACACCAGGAAGUGUCACAACUUCCCCUGACUCCUCAACCACCACUUCCACAGCGGUUACUGGAAUCCCAACAACUUCCACUCCUUCCCAAGAAGCAACAACAACGACCCCUUCCUCUCCUGAAACAUCAGAAAGUACCACAUCAUCCCCCCACUCCUCAAUCACCACUCCCACUGUUCAGAGUACCAUGGAGACUUCCACAGGGGUUACUGGAUCCCCACCAACUGCCACCCCUUCCCAAAAAGCAUCAACUACAACCACUUCUCCUGCAACACCAGGAAGUGUCACAACUUCCCCUGACUCCUCAACCACCACUUCCACAGCGGUUACUGGAAUCCCAACAACUUCCACUCCUUCCCAAGAAGCAACAACAACGACCCCUUCCUCUCCUGAAACAUCAGAAAGUACCACAUCAUCCCCCCACUCCUCAAUCACCACUCCCACUGUUCAGAGUACCAUGGAGACUUCCACAGGGGUUACUGGAUCCCCACCAACUGCCACCCCUUCCCAAAAAGCAUCAACUACAACCACUUCUCCUGCAACACCAGGAAGUGUCACAACUUCCCCUGACUCCUCAACCACCACUUCCACAGCGGUUACUGGAAUCCCAACAACUUCCACUCCUUCCCAAGAAGCAACAACAACGACCCCUUCCUCUCCUGAAACAUCAGAAAGUACCACAUCAUCCCCCCACUCCUCAAUCACCACUCCCACUGUUCAGAGUACCAUGGAGACUUCCACAGGGGUUACUGGAUCCCCACCAACUGCCACCCCUUCCCAAAAAGCAUCAACUACAACCACUUCUCCUGCAACAUCAGAAAGUGUCACAACUUCUCCUGACUCCUCAACAACCACUUCCACAAUGGUUACUGGAUCCCCAACACCUUCCACUCCUUCCCAAGAAGCACCAACAACGAACACGGCUUCUCCUACAACAUCAGAAUCUGUCACAACUUCCCCUGACUCCUCAACCACCACUUCCACAGUGAUUACUGGAUCCCCAACACCUGUCACUCCUUCCCAAGAAGCAACAGCAACGACCCCUGCUUCUCCUGCCACAUCAGAAAGUGUCACAACUUCCCCUGACUCCUCACCCACCACUCCCACUGUUCUGAGUACCACUGACACUUCCACAGUGGUUACUGGAUCCCCAACACCUGCCACUCCUUCCCAAGAAGCAACAGCAACGACCCCUGCUUCUCCUCCAACAUCUGAAAGUGUCACAACUUCCCCCGAGUCCUCACCCACCACUCCCACUGUUCUGAGUACCACGGAGACUUCCACAGUGGUUACUGGAUCCCCAACACCUGUCACCCCUUCUCAAGAAGCAACAACAAUGAACACGGCUUCUCCUACAACAUCAGAAACUGUCACAACUUCCCCUGACUCCUCAACCACCAUUUCCACAGUGAUUACUGGAUCCCCAACACCUGUCACUCCUUCCCAAGAAGCAACAGCAACGACCCCUGCUUCUCCUGCCACAUCAGAAAGUGUCACAACUUCCCCUGACUCCUCACCCACCACUCCCACUGUUCUGAGUACCACUGACACUUCCACAGUGGUUAUUGGAUCCCCAACACCUGCUACCCCUUCCCAAGAAGCAAUAGCAACGACCCCUGCUUCUCCUCCAACAUCUGAAAGUGUCACAACUUCCCCCGAGUCCUCACCCACCACUCCCAGUGUUCUGAGUACCACGGAGACUUCCACAGUGGUUACUGGAUCCCCAACACCUGUCAGCCCUUCCCAAGAAGCAACAGCAAUGACCCCUGCUUCUCCUGCCACAUCAGAAACUGUCACAACUUCCCCUACCACUCCUACUGUUCUGAGUACCACAGAGACUUCCACAGUGAUUACUGGAUCCGCAACACCUGUCACUCCUUCCCAAGAAGCAACAGCAACAACCCCUGCUUCUCCUGCCACAUCAGAAAGUGUCACAACUUCCCCUGACUCCUCACCCACCACUCCCACUGUUCUGAGUACCACUGACACUUCCACAGUGAUUACUGGAUCCCCAACACCAGUCACUCCUUCCCAAGAAGCAACAGCAACGACCCCUGCUUCUCCUCCAACAUCUGAAAGUGUCACAACUUCCCCCGACUCCUCACCCACCACUCCCACUGUUCUGAGUACCACAGAGACUUCCACAGGGGUUAUUGGAUCCCCAACACCUGUCACCCCUUCUCAAGAAGCAACAACAAUGAACACGGCUUCUCCUACAACAUCAGAAACUGUCACAACUUCCCCUGACUCCUCAACCACCAUUUCCACAGUGAUUACUGGAUCCCCAACACCUGUCACUCCUUCCCAAGAAGCAACAGCAACGAUCCCUGCUUCUCCUGCCACAUCAGAAAGUGUCACAACUUCCCCUGACUCCUCACCCACCACUCCCACUGUUCUGAGUACCACAGAGACUUCCACAGGGGUUAUUGUAUCCCCAACACCUGUCACCCCUACUUCCCCUGACUCCUCAACCACCAUUUCCACAGUGAUUACUGGAUCCCCAACACCUGUCACUCCUUCCCAAGAAGCAACAGCAACGAUCCCUGCUUCUCCUGCCACAUCAGAAAGUGUCACAACUUCCCCCGACUCCUCACCCACCACUCCCACUGUUCUGAGUACCACGGAGACUUCCACAGGGGUUACUGGAUCCCCAACACCUGUCACCCCUUCUCAAGAAGCAACAACAAUGAACACGGCUUCUCCUACAACAUCAGAAACUGUCACAACUUCCCCUGACUCCUCAACCACCAUUUCCACAGUGAUUACUGGAUCCCCAACACCUGUCACUCCUUCCCAAGAAGCAACAGCAAUGACCCCUGCUUCUCCUGCCACAUCAGAAAGUGUCACAACUUCCCCUGACUCCUCACCCACCACUCCCACUGUUCUGAGUACCACUGACACUUCCACAGUGAUUACUGGAUCCCCAACACCAGUCACUCCUUCCCAAGAAGCAACAGCAACGACCCCUGCUUCUCCUCCAACAUCUGAAAGUGUCACAACUUCCCCCGACUCCUCACCCACCACUCCCACUGUUCUGAGUACCACAGAGACUUCCACAGGGGUUAUUGGAUCCCCAACACCUGUCACCCCUUCUCAAGAAGCAACAACAAUGAACACGGCUUCUCCUACAACAUCAGAAACUGUCACAACUUCCCCUGACUCCUCAACUACCAUUUCCACAGUGAUUACUGGAUCCCCAACACCUGUCACUCCUUCCCAAGAAGCAACAGCAACGAUCCCUGCUUCUCCUGCCACAUCAGAAAGUGUCACAACUUCCCCUGACUCCUCACCCACCACUCCCACUGUUCUGAGUACCACAGAGACUUCCACAGGGGUUAUUGUAUCCCCAACACCUGUCACCCCUUCUCAAGAAGCAACAACAAUGAACACGGCUUCUCCUACAACAUCAGAAACUGUCACAACUUCCCCUGACUCCUCAACUACCAUUUCCACAGUGAUUACUGGAUCCCCAACACCUGUCACUCCUUCCCAGAAAAGUGUCACAACUUCCCCCGACUCCUCACCCACCACUCCACUGUUCUGGUACCACGGAGACUUCCACAGGAAACUGUCCCAACCCCCUGACUCCUCAACCACCAUUUCCACAGUGAUUACUGGAUCCCCAACACCUGUCACUCCUUCCCAAGAAGCAACAGCAACGACCCCUGCUUCUCCUGCCACAUCAGAAAGUGUCACAACUUCCCCCGACUCCUCACCCACCAGUCCCACUGUUCUGAGUACCACGGAGACUUCCACAGGGGUUAUUGGAUCCCCAACACCUGUCACCCCUUCUCAAGAAGCAACAACAAUGAACACGGCUUCUCCUACAACAUCAGAAACUGUCACAACUUCCCCUGACUCCUCAACCACCAUUUCCACAGUGAUUACUGGAUCCCCAACACCUGUCACCCCUUCCCAAGAAACAACAGUAACAACCACUGCUUCUCCUGCAACAUCAGAAAGUGUCACAACUGUUCCAAUCACUACCAAAUCAACCAUGAAACCAAUGGAAUGCUUCAAUGGAGGUACUUGGAAUGGAACCCUCUGCCUCUGUCCCACUGGUUAUAGUGGAAAGCAAUGCCAGGACAAGGCAAUUUUUUGCCAGAAUGGGGGCACCUGGGAUGGGAUCAAGUGCAUCUGUACCAGCAUCUUCUAUGGCCCCACGUGUGAAAUGGUUGUAGAAAACAUUCCAAUAGAGCCUCCUCCAGAAAAAGUCAAUGCUACCAUGGAAGUGAAAGUGUCUGUGACCAGUAUGGAAUAUACACAGGACUUAGAAAACUCAUCCUCGGAGGCCUAUAUGAAUUUCACUCAACUAUUCGAAAAACAGAUGGCUAUUGUUUACAAAAACAUCCCUCAGUAUGUUGGUGUGAAGAUCAAGAGUCUUUCAAAUGGCAGUAUAGUGGUGGAUCAUGAAGUGAUCCUGUCAACAGAUUUCACCCCAGAUUUCCAGUUAGAACUGAAGAAUAUCACAAAGAUAGUACAGGACACAAUUGUAAAAGUAACCCAGGAGCAAACAGGCACAGAUUGCAAUGAUGUAAUAUGUUUCAACCCUCAAAAGACAACUGUGAAAGAGCCUGUAUUGCAUUAUGAUCCUCUGAAGCAAUGCCAAAGUAAUGUUGCAGAGGAAUUUAAGGACUACUUCUACAUUGACUAUAAGGAUCAAAUACCCCACUGUAUUAACCGCUGUACGAUGGGCUUUGAAUCAUCACUGAAUUGCAACCAGGGAACGUGUCAAUUUGGGGUGAAGAAGCCUCAUUUAGGGCCUCGAUGCCUCUGUUUCAUCACAGACACACACUGGUACCAGGGAGAAACCUGUAACUUCAGCAUCAGUAAAAACCUGGUGUACGGGUUAGCAGGAGCACUAGGGAUAGUGUUGUCAAUUGGCAUAGGUAUUCUCUCUGUCUUCUUGCACCGGUCCUGGAGGAAGACCCAAAGGCAAAAGACCAAGCUGGAUCAAGUGUAUAAAUGGCAUGAAGAGGAUGGAGGACCAGCCCCUGGGAGCUUCCAGAAUAUAGGCUUUGACAUCUGUGAAGAACAAGAAGAUUCCCUUAACAUGGAUUCCAUUUAUAGUAAUUUCCAGCCCUCUUUGGGUCACAUUGACCCUGAAAAGAAGAUCCAGAUCCAAAGGCCACAGGUGGUGAUGACUUCAGUAUGAGGCAACAACUUGUCAGAAAAGGGAACAAAACUCACAGUGGAAAAAUACCUGUAGUUCAACCCUGCAUACAAUUGGCAUCAAUUAACUACAAUAUUAAAGAAAGCAGAAAUGAGUGAAGGAACAAAGACUUGGGCUUUGUUUAUGUGAGAUUAUGCCUGUAAAUUGCUUUGUAAACCAUUUAAAUGUUAUACAAACUUGAUAUAUUAUUA